AUGAUCCGUUGUUAAUAGUGGAAGGCUUACUCUGUCUUUUAAUAUGCUCGGCACCUCUAUACCAAAACCCUAGAUUUGUAUUUGUCACUGCUUUGGGAGUAAACGCUCGUACCAGAUCGAUAUCAGAAGGCGAUCGUUUGUUCCUCAAGCAAUGGCGCUGAUUAUGCACGCGGGGGCAAACAACAAGAAUGUUUACAAGUCAUUAAUUGCUGCAGAAUAUGUUGGUGUUGAGAUCAAAAUGGAUGAAAACUUUCAGAUGGGUGUGUCAAACAAGACUCCUGAAUUUCUUAAAAUGAACCCUAUUGGAAAGGUCCCUGUUCUUGAGACUCCUGAGGGCGGAAUAUUUGAGAGUAAUGCUAUUGCUCGCUAUGUUGCUCAUUUGAAACCUGGAAAUUCUCUUUUUGGUUCUACACCGAUAGAAUAUGGCCAAAUUGAGCAGUGGAUUGACUUUGCAACCUUGGAGCUUGAUGCAAGUAUGAGGGGUUGGGCGAUACCAAGAUUUGGAUAUGCCAAUUACAUUAAACCUGUUGAGGAGAGUUAUAUUGCUGCUACCAAGAGAGGUCUUGGUGCUCUAAACACAUAUCUUGCUUCACAUACUUACUUGGUUGGUGAUGGUGUUACUUUGGCUGACAUCAUCUUGACAUGCAACCUUGUGAUGGGUUUUAAAUUUUUGUUGACAAAAAGUUUCACAUCUGAGUUUCCUCAUGUUGAGAGGUAUUUCUGGACCCUGGUUAAUCAACCAAAAUUCAGUAAAAUAAUCGGAGAAGUUGUGCAAACCGAAGCUGUUAUUCCUCUUCCUUCAGCCAAGAAACCAGAGGAAAAACCAAAACCCGAGCCUAAAAAGGAAGUCAAGAAAGAAGAAGCCCCUAAACCCAAGCCUGAAGCUGCCCCAGAGGAGGAAGAGGCACCCAAGCCUAAGGCAAAGAAUCCUCUUGAUUUAUUGCCUCCAAGUCCAAUGGUUUUGGAUGACUGGAAAAGGCUUUACUCUAACACCAAAACUAACUUCCGUGAAGUUGCAAUCAAAGGUUUUUGGGACAUGUAUGAUCCAGAGGGAUACUCUCUUUGGUUUUGUAACUACAAAUACAAUGAUGAGAACACUGUCUCAUUUGUGACAAUGAACAAGGUUGGUGGAUUCCUUCAGCGAAUGGAUCUUGCAAGGAAAUAUGCUUUUGGAAAGAUGUUGAUUAUUGGAAACGAGCCUCCAUUCAAGGUCAAGGGUUUGUGGCUUUUCCGGGGGACUGAAAUCCCAAAAUUUGUGAUGGAUGAGUGUUAUGACAUGGAGCUUUACGAGUGGACCAAGGUUGACCUUUCUGACGAGGCACAAAAGGAGCGAGUGAAUCAGAUGAUUGAAGAUUUUGAGCCUUUUGAAGGUGAAGCUCUUUUGGAUGCCAAGUGCUUCAAGUGAGUGGAAAUGCUGGGACCCUCGAACCAUCAAUUAUUGUUGGUGAUUGGGUAGAUUUUUCUACAAAAUGUGUUUUUAGAUAUAUGUCAAACUUUGUUUUGUUUUGUGAUGUUUACUAGCAUAUUAUAAACUAAACCAGUUUUGUUUAUUGGGUCCAGACUCUAGAUUAUACAUUUGCAUCCCACAGUUGGUUA